UUCUACACUAAGUGUAAGAUUAGAUUCUUAUUGGAGAAAUACGGCCAGGGAUUGCUAUUUGGAUCAUCUAACCAAGUAUCAGAGGCUGCCCUUGGUAUGUGACCACUACGGAGUGACAGGUGACUACCUGGUGAAUAGCUCAUAUGGCAUAUAUAUUUUGGAAUACUACUGACGCCUGCCUUUUUCUAAAUCUAAGAGGGAACCAAGGUUCCCUUAUAUACAACAUAAUGAAUGACUAGCUGGUAGAUAGCUUCAAGCUGGAUCUUAGAACCCUUAUCACGUCAUACACCUAUCAUAAUCCUUGUCAUCUGACACCAAGACAUCCCUUGUCGCUAACACAAUGGCCCCCCGUUUCGUUGUCUAAUACUAAGGACUAUACAUUUGUUCCACGCCUUAGCAAAUAGAAGAGACCUCGGUCGACAUAGACCGUUGAGAUAGAUAUUACAAUCUAGAAGCUCCAUAAAAACUUAGUAUGGCGUCGCUCAUUUCGAAAAGCAUCAAUCUACAAGCCGAUCUCGGGCCGCGCCUGUCUCCGAGUGCUUCCAUCGCUCUUCCUGACGAUGCGAACUUUGCUAACCUUACGAGUCGAUGGAGGGAAUGGCAUGCCCCCACUAUCGCCGCUGUAGUCCAGGUUGCUACCGAAGGUGAUGUUCAACAGGCGGUACGGUUUGCCAAUGAGCAUGGCCUACCUUUUAUCGCCCGGUCGGGAGGCCACGGAGCCACAGAAGCGAUGGCGUCUGCGAAAGAUGCUAUUCAGAUAGACUUUCGGAAGCUCAGCCAUGUCAAGCUAUCCGAAGACGGCAAGACGGCCAUAAUUGGUGGAGGGGCAACAGUAAAAGGGGUUGUUGAAGCACUCGGAAAACUAGGGAAGCAAGCAGUUACCGGUGUUUGCGAAUGCGUCGGUAUCUCAGCACCUAUUUUAGGAGGCGGUCAUGGCUGGCUUCAAGGUCAAUACGGUCUACCGGCCGAUCAAGUCAUUUCAGCUCGGCUCGUGCUACCGAAUGGCGAUGCCGUCACCGUAUCCGAAGAAUCUCACUCGGAACUUUUCUGGGCGAUCAAGGGCGCGGGUCAUAACUUUGGCCUAGUAACGGAAUGGAAGUAUUGCGUCUACGAUAUCAAGAACCCAAAAUGGUCUUAUGAGAUAUUCGUCUUUUCGGGCGACAAGCUCGAAGUCCUUUAUGAACUCACCAAUGAAAUGAUUAAAACUCAACCACCCCAAGUUACCCACUGGAGCUAUAUCAUUAAGGUCGCGGACAUUGAUCCUGAGCACCCUAUUAUCUGGUACGCUAUAAUAUAUGACGGACCAGUUCCUGAAGCCCGCCAAUAUGCGAAACCUAUUCACUCCAUUGAGGCUAUUAUGGUCAAUUCGGGCGAGGCAACAAUACCCGAGUUGGCAGCCCUCACCUUUCAGGACGAGAACGGCCCUGGCUGUGCAAAGGGUCUGACGUCCCUCCGCUAUCCCAUCGGGCUGAAAUCGUACAACACGGCAUCUAUUAGGAAGGUUUACAAUGAGAUCGACGAAACGUUUCGGAGAGUUCCCGAGCUGGCAGGGUCGUUUUUCUUGCUUGAAGGCUAUUCAACUCAGGGAGUACAAGCUAUCGAUGAAGCGAGCACCGCGUUCCCACACCGGAGCGACGAGGUAUUGGUGACGUCUUACGUGCAAUAUAAGCCCGAUGAAUCAAUGGACACGACCGCACAAGAGUUUGGGAAGAAAUUAAGGGACUACUUACUAGAAGGGAGCGACGAUCCGGACCGCCUUCGGGCGUACGUGAAUUACGCAAACGGGGAUGAGUCUUUAGAAGAAAUAUACGGUUGGGAGGAAUGGAGAUUAGAGAAAUUGAGAAAGCUGAAAAAGCAUUGGGAUCCUGAAAAUAGGAUGCGGUAUUACGUCCCUAUUGUUUGAAACGAGUAGAAUAUGAACCUCCUGUUAGUUACUGAUGCCUAUUGCAACGAGAUUUAUCACAAGGACCCCCUAUUGGAUUCAUCGGUAGGUACUGGGCUAUUAGUCUAUACCUGGUAGUAGAGCUCUCGAUAUAUAUCCAUAAACCUGCUUUUGUCAUACCAGCUAGGAGAAUAUACGUCAUAUUGAUUGAA